AUGAAUACAAUGACACCGCCACUGAUACCUCCCACUCAGUCUACAAUGGCCAACAAGACUCACCUUGAGUUUACAGACCCUUGGUCUCUGCACGAGGAUCGCCAAGCUGGCAUCUUCGCCUGGGUCAUUUUGGGUCUGAUGUUUGGCUUCUUUAUCGGCAUUGUUGUGCGGGACAUGGUGAAAAAGUCACGCACCAGAGAGCUCCAAGAUGAGUGGUCAACCUUUACCAAACUCCUCAACCACUUGGUCCACCUGCCUUGUAUUCUCUGCACCAAGGACAACUACAUACCCGUGUGGUACUCCUUCACCAACAUCUUCCGGUCCCCAGAGAACCAACGCCACUGGAAGACAAAGGAAGAAGAAGAAAAGGAGGUAGCCAGAGGUCCGUUCGACAGCCGAGCUGUUAUCGCACGGCUAGGCGGCGGCUGGCCCCCCAAGAAGUCCAGUUCAGACCUUGAAAGCGGCAGCCAGGACACAGAGAUUGAGUUGCUGUAUCUCCCUAAGGUCACCGAUCUCCCCGCGGCAGGUACUGGACUUCCCAAGAUCGAAAAGCUUUCUGUCGUCUUUGAGGUUCCUGAGAUCUUGCCAUCAAACACGGACCAAAAAGACGACGGUUUUCAACCUGAUUCUAUCCACGGUUCUGGUUCGGGUCCGGAUAGUCUCUCUAAGCUGACGGCAACCUUCAACUUCCAACCCACAAAGGACCAGAACAAGAGUCCAACUGUCGCCGAAAAGGGCAAGGAGAGGUUGACUGAGGGUCAGAAGGACAUGGAUGAGACUGGCAAGAAGGGGACCGACGGAGAGGACGAAACAAGUCACAAGGAUCACGGAGACUCGAGCACCAGGAAGUCUGGUGAAUCUAGUCGCCAAACAUGA